CUCCCGCACUCACAGGCCGGCAGUGGAGGCUCCCCUCCUCUCCCCUCCCAUGGCGCCACCGCCCCAACCCCUCCACGCCUCAUUCCUCUGCUCCCUCGCGCUCGCGCUCCUCCGCGCCGGCCGCCUCUCCGCGGCCUCCCACGUCGCCUCCACCCUCCCGGCCGCGUCCCCUCCAGAUGCCCUCCUCCGCCGCCUCAUCCCGGCCCUCGCCUAUUCGGGCCUCGCCGCCGCCGCCGUCCGCUUCCGCCCCGUCCCCGGCGACCCGCUCUCCCUCAACUCCAUCCUCCUCUCCCACUGCGCCCUCCGCUCGCUCCGUCCCGCGCUGGCCCUCCUCCGCUCCUCCGAGUCCGUGGACACCGUCAGCUACAACGUCGUCAUCUCGGGCCUCGCCGAGCAGGGCCGCCACGGGGGCCUCGCCCCGGCCCUGCUCGCCGAGAUGUGCAAGCGCGGCGUCCCGUUCGACGCCGUCACGGUCAACACGGCGCUCGUGGCGCUCUGCAGGGAUGGCCAGGUGGAGGCAGCGGCGGCGUUGGCUGAGAUGAUGGUGAGAGGCGGGGGAAUCCACAGGCUGGAUGUGGUGGGCUGGAAUGCUCUCAUUGAUGGGUACUGUAAGACGGGAGACAUGGAGGCGGCGCUGGCAGCGGCCCAGAGGAUGAAGACACAGGGGGUGGGAGUUGAUGUGGUAGGGUACAAUACCUUGAUUGCUGGGCUCUGCCGUGCCGGCGAGGCUGAUGCUGCACGGGACAUGCUGGAGACAAUGAAGAGGGACGGCAUGGAGCCGAACGUGGUGACCUACACGAUGUUCAUCGCUGAGUGUUGUAGGACGAAUGCGGUUGAUGAUGCCUUCAGUCUGUACGAAGAAAUGGUGAGGAUGGGUGUCCUGCCGGAUGUGGUCACACUCAGCGCUCUGGUUGAUGGACUUUGCAGGACCGGACGGUUCUCAGAAGCAUAUGCACUUUUCAGGGAGAUGGAGAAGAUUGGGGCUGCGCCGAACCAUGUCACCUAUUGUACACUGAUUGAUUCAUUGUGGAAGGCGCGGAGGGGCAGUGAGUCGCACGGUCUAUUGGGGGAGGUGGUCUCCAGAGGUGUGGUCAUGGAUUUGGUCAUGUAUACAUCUUUGAUGGACUGGUUGGGCAAGCAAGGGAAGAUCGAUGAAGUGAAGGACAUGUUUCAUUGUGCUCUGUCGGAUAAUCAUACUCCCAAUGGUGUUACUUAUACCGUACUCAUCGAUGCACUCUGCAGAGCUGGGAAUGUUGAUGGGGCAGAGCAGAUGUUGUUGGAAAUGGAGGAUAAUUCUGUUCGUCCAAAUGUAGUUACGUUCUCAUCAAUCAUCAAUGGUCUUAGUAAACAAGGACUGCUUGACAAGGCAACUGAUUACAUGAGGAAGAUGAAGGAAAGGGGCAUUGAUCCAAAUGUUGUGACCUAUGGAACAGUUAUUGAUGGCUUCUUCAAGUACCAGGAGCAAGAAGCAGCUCUUGACUUGUACCAUGAAAUGCUGUGUGAGGGUGUGGAAGUUAAUAAAUUUAUUGUUGAUUUGCUGGUGAAUGGUCUGAGGAAAAAUGGGAAAAUGGAGGAAGCUGAAGCAUUGUUUAGAGAUAUGAAUAAACGUGGUAUGCUGCUAGACCAUGUAAACUACACCACUUUGAUAGACGGGCUCUUUAAAAUGGGUAACAUGCCGGCUGCCUUCAAAGUUGGUCAAGAGUUGACGGAGAGAAACUUGUUGCCUGAUGCUGUUGUCUAUAAUGUGUUUGUCAAUUGCCUUUGUAUGCUUGGGAAAUCUAAGGAAGCAGAAUCAAUUUUGAAAGAGAUGCAAACUACAGGUUUAAAACCUGACCAGGUGACAUAUAAUACUAUGAUCACUGCACAGUGCAGGGAAGGGAAGACUGCCAAAGCUCUAAAACUCCUCCAUGAAAUGAAGAGGAGUUCCAUAAAGCCGAACCUCAUCACAUACAGUACACUUAUUGCGGGUCUUUUUGAGGUUGGGUCUAUCGAGAAGGCGAAGUUUUUGUUAAAUGAGAUGGCUUCUUCUGGAUUCUCUCCGACCUCUCUGACUCAUCGAAAGGUGCUGCAAGCAUGCUCCCAAAGCGGGAGACCAAACGUGAUUUUGGAAAUUCAUGAAUGGAUGGUGAAUGCUGGGCUUUCUGUUGACAUCACUGUCUAUAAUACACUUCUGCGUGUUUUAUGUUACCAUGGAAUGACAAGAAAAGCUACAGUUGUCUUGCAAGAGAUGUCGGGAAGAGGAAUUACUCCAGACACCAUCACAUUCAAUGCUCUAAUUCUCGGUCAUUUCAAGAGCACCCAUGUAGACAAUGCCUUUGCUACUUACGAUGAGAUGCUUCGCCAUGGGGUCUCACCGAACAUAGCUACAUUCAACACGCUCUUGGGUGGGCUUGAGUCAGCUGGAAGAAUUGGAGAAGCAGAUAAGGUGCUGAAUGAGAUGAAGAGAAGGGGCAUUGAGCCCAGCAAUCUGACUUAUGACAUACUGGUCACGGGAUAUGGAAAACAAAGCAACAAAAUCGAAGCAAUGCGGUUGUAUUGUGAAAUGGUGGCUAAAGGCUUUCUUCCAAAAGUAAGCACAUACAAUGCACUCAUAAGCGACUUCGUUAAAGUGGGAAUGAUGAGUCAAGCUAAAGAGUUGCUCAACGAAAUGAACAAGAGGGGUGUUCCACCCACAUCCUGCACUUACGAUAUUCUUGUGUGUGGAUGGGCGAAGCUUAGAAAUGGAACAGAGGUGAGAAAAUUGCUCAAAGAUAUGAAGGACAAAGGAUUUAGUCCCUCGAAAGGCACUCUUAGUUCUAUAUGCAGAGCAUUUUCAAAACCAGGAAUGACCUGGGAAGCUCGGCGUUUACUUAAAAAGCUUUAUAAGGUUUAGGAGUGUCAAGCAUUGAUUUCUCAUGUACCAAGCAAGCAUAGAUGAUGGUCUGAUUGAGACUGUUGUUUGUAUGACCGCGGCUUGCGACACUCCGUCAAACGUGACAAGAAGCUACUGGCAGAGAUAAUCACCGAGUCACCUGAUGACCCUUGGAGUGAGCGGAAGAUCAUGAAUUAUGUGAAAAGAUCCCCCCAGGCUCCAGAGGCAUGUGAUGUUGGCAUUUUGUUUCCUUUUAUUUGGAGGUAAUAGCACUGCAGGUCCCUGAACUUGCACAGCAUGUGAUGGUUUGGUCCUUGUACUUGCAAAAGCAGAUUAUUUCAUCCCUAAACUUGUCAUGGAGGUGCAAGUUUGGUCCUGGGCCAAUCACAGCUCGCCAAGUGGAUGCCAAGUGGACUAACUUGUCAGCGGGCUGCAUUUUGCACUUAGGCCCCUGCCUUCUUCUCUUAUCAACCCGCAGUGCACCACCAAGUGGCACCUGUGUUGGUAUAUUCUUUGGAAUGUUCUUUGGAAUUCUGUUGAAAGGUUAUGCUGAAGCUUUCUGAAAGAUGGCCACAUUUCUGUAACAGAGGAGUCGUGAAGGAGGUGCACCCUGCUCAUAUGAACCUUGUCAAAGUUAUUACUCCCUUCUCCGAGUGAAAUUAACUGACGCGGCUUUAGUACAACUUUGUACCAAAGUUGUUUUCAAGUUGCGUCAGUUAAUUUGGAUUGGAGGGAGUAUCAGUUUAUCUGUGAAGAGCUACCCUUCAUUCGUAAGGAGCAGAUGCAUGUUUAGCCAGCAGCCUGGUAAACACCAUUAUUGAACUUCUGAGAAGCAAGCAGCAGAUAUCAUUUACAACCAGGUUCUAAGGCAGUGAGGCUUCUGACGGAGAAAAUCGCAGGAGGCUUCUUCUCCUUUACUCUGCCUGGCCGGAGCACAGGAGGAGAGCAACCAGAGGUGGCGGCUCGCUGCUCUGGGGUUCUUCAGCAUAGAUUGUUCUUGGAUGUGCCGUUUAGCGACCGGCUGCUGCAGUGCUGCUACUACACCUCCUGGCCAUAGCAACAGUGAUACGAGAUCCUGACAGACCGGACAAAUUCACAUGGCCAUGUGCCGCCUCUGGAACCUACUCGGCGAUAUCCACUUGCAACCGGCUGUGCCAAGAACUACCGGUAUGCCAUUACGCCUCUGCCAUAUGGAGAAGUUGGGCGCCACUCAAGUGCAAGAUCUUUACUUGGUUAGCUGCACAAUACCGGAUUUGGACAUCGGACAGACGUGCCCGGCAUGGGCUGCAAGACACGGCCUCGGCAUGCUUCACUUGCCUGCAAGAGGAAGACAACGUCGACCAUAUUUUCAUGCAAUGUGUCUACGCACAAGAAACGUGGCACUGCUGUCUUGAUGCUAUACAACUGCCGAUCCAGAGGCCAGCGACAACGGACACAUUCUUGGGAUGGUGGAUGCUCCACGGACAGCAAUUCCGCAAAGCUGGGAAAAAAUUUCUACUCCUUUGUUAUUUGGACAGUGUGGUCCUUGUGGAAGCAAAGAAACGCUUGCGUCUUCGCCCGAGUGGAGCAGCAAAUGGACGCGCAAACGUUGGCCGGUAAAAUUCUAGAUGAGAUCAAAGAAUGGAAGCUGGCACUUGGUUGGCCGGUAAAAUUCUAGAUGAGAUCAAAGAAUGGAAGCUGGCACUUGGGGUGGUUGGAGGAUUACAACGAUUUGUGAGAGAGUAGGUUCUUGUUGCUAGUUGGAGUGAGUGGGUUAUGGUCUCGGGUUGUUCGCAACUCGAUUGAUCUCUUGUAAAUUGUGGUUUCUUUCUUCUAUAAAAAUACGGUACGCAAUUUCGAAAGAAAAAAGCAUGACAGAGAUAAAUAGUGUACAGAAAUCUAAUGGUAGCAUAUUACUC